AACGGUGCUAUUCCAGUGACUCCCCAACCAACGAACCAACUAACCUGAGGCUGCACUUUUCGCGUGGCGACCAAAAAAUAUAUAAAAAAGGUCCCGAAGUAGAUUUUAAUUUGUAUACUCCAAUUUUAGUCCAGCAAAAAAACUAAUAAAAUGCGCGAAGUAAUCUCCAUCCAGGUUGGCCAGUGCGGCAUCCAGAUCGGCAAUGCCUGCUGGGAGCUGUACCUCCUGGAGCACGGCAUCAACCUGGACGGCAGCCUGAAGACCAAGGAGGAGCUGACGGCCAGCGGGAGCAGUGCCAGUGUGGGUCACGACACCUCGGCCAAUGAUGCUAGAACCUUCUUCACGGAGACCGGCAACGGGAAGCAAGUGCCCCGCUCGAUUUUCGUCGAUCUGGAACCGACGGUCAUCGAUGAUGUGAGGAACGGCUGCAUGAGGGACCUCUACCAUCCGGAGCAACUGAUUUCGGGAAAGGAAGAUGCGGCCAAUAACUAUGCUCGAGGUCGUUACUCCAUUGGCAAGGAGGUGAUCGAUAGGGUGACCUCACGGCUGCAGAAGAUCGCAGAGCAGUGCGACAGCUUGCAGGGAUUCCUCAUCUUCCACUCGCUGGGCGGAGGAACUGGUUCGGGAUUCACCUCCCUGUUGGUGGAGCGCCUGUCCACCGAUUACAACAAGAAGUGCAAGCUGGACUUUGCCGUCUAUCCAUCGCCCAAGGUGUCCACCGCCGUGGUGGAGCCUUACAAUGCCCUGCUGACCACGCACUCCACCAUGGACCACUCGGACUGUGUGUUCAUGGUGGACAACGAGGCCAUCUACGAUAUAUGCAACAAUAGUUUGGGUGUGGACAGGCCCGCCUAUAGGAAUCUGAAUCGUUUGAUCGCCCAAAUAGUGAGCUCCACAACAGCCUCUCUGCGUUUCAGUGGCUCCAUGAAUGUGGAUCUGAACGAGUUCCAGACGAAUCUGGUGCCGUUCCCCAGGAUUCACUUCCCCCUGGUGGCCUAUGCCCCACUGAUGUCCGCCGAGAGGUCGGCCCACGAACAGCAUGCCAUUACCACAUUGACCAAUGCCUGUUUCGAGUCCUCCAAUAUGAUGGUCAAGUGUGAUCCGCGUUCGGGUAAAUUCAUGGCCUGCUGCAUGCUAUAUCGGGGUGAUGUGGUGCCCAAGGAUGUGAAUGCCGCUGUCUCGGCCAUCAAGUCCAAGCGGCACAUCCAAUUCGUGGACUGGUGUCCCACUGGUUUCAAGAUAGGCAUCAACUACGAGAAGCCCGCCUUUGUGCCGGAUGGUGAUUUGGCCAAGACCUCGAGGGCCUGCUGCAUGCUGUCCAACACCACCGCCAUCAGUGUGGCCUUCUCGAAUCUCUCCUACAAGUUCGAUCUGAUGUUCAAGAAGCGCGCCUUCGUCCAUUGGUACGUGGGCGAGGGCAUGGAGGAGGGCGAAUUCACAGAGGCGCGGGAGAAUAUCGCCGUCCUGGAACGCGACUUUGAGGAGGUCGGUCUGGACAACGCCGAGGAGGGCGGCGACGAGGACUUCGAUGAGUUCUAGGCUCACCCAGUAACUAUUCAAUAUCCAAUAAAUAUGUAAAUAAACUAGCCAAGAGUUUGAA